AUGGCAAACAAACUCGGUCGCAAAACGGAAUUCGCGCUGAACGGGAGUAGGCGAGGAGCUUGUUUGCGCGUCGUCAAGCCCAUGCCGUCUGGGAUGCUCCGUGCCAACCUCGUCUAUUGCUCCAGGUCCAACGAUGGGGCUCGCCUCUCGGUCACAAACGCGUGGAAGAACUACCUUACUUUUUUAAAGUAA